UAACGGUGACGAGAGGAGGAACGGUCUCUUCAUUUUUUCCAACGUUUCUCGUCAACCAAACAAGAGAUGGAAAACAAAGAAAAAAAUGGGAGUGUUGCUACUACUUCCCGAGAAUGCGAUCAUUUCACUAUUGAGAAACCUUGAGCUCCUAGAGCUACAACUGCGAUCUACGAUGAGGGGAAGUCUAUUCAAACUAGGGCUAUUCCUUUCAGUGCUUUCGUUAUUUUCAAUCCCUUCUCAGUCAGCGGUUUCGAGCAUAGAUCUAGGCUCAGAAUGGCUCAAGGUCGCCGUUGUUAAUCUGAAACCCGGACAGAGUCCGAUCUCCAUCGCCAUCAAUGAGAUGUCGAAGAGGAAAUCCUCGGCCUUAGUCGCGUUCCAGUCUGGGACACGACUACUCGGAGAGGAAGCAGCCGGGAUAGUUGCCCGGUACCCAAGCAAAGUUUACUCUAAUCUCCGGGAGAUGGUUGGAAAACCAUUCAAACACGUCAAGAACUUCGUUGACUCAAUGUAUUUGCCAUUCGAUAUUGUGGAAGAUUAUAGGGGUGCUGUUGGCAUCAAAACUGAUGAUGGAACUAUCUAUUCAGUUGAGGAGUUAUUGGCUAUGAUUUUGAGUUAUGGAAUGAAUCUAGCUGAGAUUCACUCCAAGGUGCCUGUUAAGGAUGCCGUGAUUUCAGUGCCGCCUUACUUUGGACAGGCAGAGCGAAGAGGACUGUUGCAGGCCGCGCAGCUGGCAGGAAUUAAUGCUCUUUCAUUGAUCAAUGAGCAUUCGGGUGCUGCCUUACAGUAUGGGAUUGAUAAGGAUUUUUCAAAUGGAUCGAGGCAUGUUAUUUUCUAUGAUAUGGGUGCUGGCAGUACUUAUGCAGUGUUGGUUUAUUUCUCAGCUUAUAAUGCCAAGGAGUAUGGAAAGACUGUGUCAGUGAACCAGUUUCAGGUUAAGGAUGUUAGAUGGGAUCCAGAUCUUGGUGGUCAGAAUAUGGAAUCAAGGUUGGUGGAAUACUUUGCUGAUGAGUUUAAUAAACAAGUUAGAAAUGGAGUGGAUGUGAGGAAUUCUCCCAAGGCAAUGGCUAAAUUAAAGAAACAGGUUAAACGUACAAAGGAAAUCUUAAGUGCUAACACAAUGGCGCCGAUUUCAGUUGAAUCCUUUUACGAUGACCGGGACUUCAGGAGCUCCAUUACACGUGAGAAGUUUGAAAAACUUUGUAAUGAUCUGUGGGAUAGAGCACUUGCGCCCAUGAAAGAAGUACUUAGGCAUUCAAAUUUGACUGUGGACGAGAUAUACGCAGUGGAGCUAAUUGGAGGUGCUACAAGAGUGCCAAAGUUGCAGGCUAAGCUCCAGGAAUUUCUUGGAAGGAAUGAGCCGGACAAACAUCUGGAUGCUGAUGAAGCUAUAGUUCUUGGCAGUGCACUGCAUGCUGCAAAUUUAAGUGAUGGAAUCAAAUUGAACCGUAAAUUAGGAAUGGUUGAUGGUUCAUCAUAUGGGUUUUUGGUUGAAUUAGAUGGACUGGAUCUUUUGAAAGAUGAUACUACUAGGCAGUUACUUGUGCCAAGGAUGAAGAAGCUUCCCAUAAAGAUGUUCAGAUCCUUUAUUCAUAACAAAGAUUUUGAAGUUUCUCUUGCUUAUGAAAAUGAAGAUCUUUUGCCACCUGGUGUUACCUCUCCUAUAUUUGCUCAAUAUUCUGUGUCUGGGGUAACAGAUGCCAGCGAGAAGUAUUCAUCUCGGAAUUUGUCUUCCCCUAUUAAGACUAAUCUGCAUUUCUCACUCAGUAGAAGUGGAAUUAUUUCCCUAGAUCAAGCAGCUGCUGUCAUUGAAAUAUCAGAAUGGGUGGAAGUUCCAAAGAAGAAUCUAACGGUGGAAAAUGAAACUAAUACCUCUCCUAACAUAUCCGUUGAUGCUGGUGCUAAGAACUCUUCAGAAGAAAAUACUGAUAAUGUGCACCUCAAUGCCAACUAUGCAAUUGCACCCAACUCCACUGAAGAACCAAGCACAUCUGAUCUUGGUACCGAGAAAAAACUGAAAAAGCGGACAUUCAGAGUUAAAUUGAAGGUAGUUGAAAAGACAGUGGGAACUGGAAUGCCUCUUUCAAAAGAAGUCCUCGCUGAGGCUAAAGGCAAACUAGAAUCGCUGGUCAAAAGGGAUGCAGAGCGGAGAAGAACUGCUGAGUUGAAAAAUAGCCUUGAAGCAUACAUAUAUGCUACAAAAGAAAAGCUUGAAACAUCUGAGGAGUUCCAAAAAGUUGCUAGCAGUGACGAACGCAAAGCAUUCAUUGAAAAGCUUGAUGAGGCGCAAGAUUGGCUGUAUACUGAUGGUGAAGAUGCUACUGCUACAGAGUUUCAGGAACGCCUAGAUUUGCUGAAAGCCAUAGGUGAUCCAAUUUUUUUCAGAUAUAAAGAGUUGUCUGCGAGACCAGCUGCAAUGAAACUUGCUCAAAGAUACCUUGAUGAGCAACAACAGAUUGUAAGUGACUGGGAGAAUGAUAAACCUUGGCUUCCAAAAGAUAAAGUUGAUGAGGUUGUGAAUGAUGUCCAGAAGUUCAAGAGUUGGUUGGAUGAGAAAGAGGCUGAGCAGAAUCAGGCUUCUGGUUUCAUCACACCAGUUCUCACAUCCGAAGAAGUAUACGGGAAGGUAUCCAGUCUGGAAGACAAGGUGGUCAGUAUCAAAAAAAUUUCAAAGCCAAAGCCUAAAAUUAAGAAGCCAAUUGAGAAAGAAACUGAUAGCAGUGGAGACGAGAACAAGACCAACUCAGCACCUGAGGAUAAAUCCUCUGAAGAUGAUAAACCAGCUGGCGAUUCGGAUGGCCCAGCAAACUCAGCCUCGACCGAGGGAGAAGUUAACCCAGAACCUGAGUCUUAUGAUGAAUUGUGAUUUUCAAGCCAGUGUUGAUCAUCUACACGGUGAGUUAUACGUAGGAGACACUGAUAGAAGUAGUUUUUAGUGCUGCAAUUUUGAACCAUCAGAUAAGAGUCUGGAAACACCAAUACCCAUACGAUUUGCAUGUGUUAAGCAUGCCGCCAGCGUUCAUCCCGAGUCAGGAUCGAACUCUCCAUGAGAUUCAUAGUUGCAUUCCUUAUAGCUUCCUCGUUCAUAGACGAGCCCAUUUUUCCAAUAAAGCUGCUUAGCAUGUCAUCAUAAAGAUCGAUUAUGGCCUUGCUAGUCCUUUCGCAGCUGUUCAAAAGCUCAUAUAGUAACAUUCAUAUCCCCAACCUUGAUUAAUUAUAAUGCUCUGUACCACCAUAAUCAGUGACUUGGACCGUUUACAGGGAUGGAUACUAUUUUUUGGUAUUUAUCGGGAGUUUUGAUUAUCAUUAUGAGUUAACUUAUUAGAGAAUAUACUGGGAUAUGUGUAGUGCUGGUUAUAUAAUGAAAACUUUUAUAUUCAAUCCAUGUUUAAAUUAUUUUCUGAAAAUGGAAUCUCUGAUGUAAAAAA